UUUUUAGCUCUCUAGAACGAGCACAAUAUCUGGCAGGGUCCCGCAUAUCGGAUCACUCCUUGGACAUUGCGAUUCGCGACGCCAGCCAAUCACGUGACUCUAAAGUCCAUUUUUGUCUUCGUUGAGCGUCCAAGACUCCAUACAAGCUGAAGUUCGCCGCUAUUUCCUUCGUUAUCCGGUUUUUUUGGCCAGAACCAACGACCACGACUGUGUGACGAUGAUGAAGAGAGAGAUUGGUCAUUUGUCGAAUUAUGACGACGUGGACAGCUCUCGAACAAAGCGACAAAAGCAAGUUGGAGGACCAUCUGGCCAAGCAGCUACACAAAACGCCCUAGGAAAUAUGGAUAAUGAAGACAUUCAGAUGGAUCAUGGAGAAGGUAGCAGUUCUGGUGGAGCUGGGUUGAAGGAGCAGGGAACAAAGUUGUGGCAGAUGUUGAAGGACGUGGUCAAUAAAGAAGGUUACAUAUGCUCUCCAGCGUUCAUGCGCUUGCCCUCAAAGCGCCAUUAUCCUGAUUAUUAUGUCUUCAUUCAACAACCAAUUUGCCUGGACGAUAUCAAGCAGAAAAUAGAUGAUGGCUUAUACAACUCUCUCGAUGAUAUCAGACAAGAUUUUGACCUCUGCUUUUCAAACGCCAAAAAGUACAAUCAGAAGAACAGUCGAAUCUGGCUCGACGCCAAAUUUAUGCUGAAAUUCGUAAAUAAGGAGUAUACGAAGAUGACAGGAAAGAAGGUCAAGAAGAACAGCGAUGGAGACGAUGAUGAAGAUAAGCCUGCUGACGGUGGAGACGGCGAGAAGAAGAGCAAACAGCCCAACUUGACACGCCUCCUAAAGGCUAGAUUGCAGAAGGUCGUCGACAAAGCUGAUGAAGAGACACAUCGUGUGCUCUCUAACGUUUUCAUGGAGAUGCCCUCGAAGAAGGACUAUCCGAUGUAUUACAAACAAAUCAAACGUCCAAUGUGCAUAGAGACCAUUUUUAAACAUCUGAAGCGCAAGGAAUAUCAAACCUCACUAGAAUUCGCAACUGAUGUCGAGGUUGUGUUCUCCAACGCUCUUGAGUUCAACCAAGACCACAGCCAGAUCUGGGAGGAUGCGAUCAUUCUUCGAGACUACUUCCGUCAACUCAUGGCUGACUUGCCAGAGCCGUACGCGCUAUCACAGUACGCGAAGCCUCCAGCAAAGAUCAAAUUGAAAGUUCCGGGGACGGCGGCAGCAGCUGCAGGACCCUCUACGACUGUCACUUCUUUGUCAACCAAACCACAAGAGAAGGAGGGCGCUGGUGGAGGAUCACUAAUGUUACGCCUUCCUGCAAGUGGCGGAAUUGCCAAGAGUCCAGCUCAAUCCUCAAUGAAUCAACUGCCACCUGGAGCUGGGGUGCCUGUUCGAACUCAAACGCCUGUGCAAGGCUCGAAGCCCAUCGCUGCACCUGUGCCUAAACCCGCCCCCACACCUCAACCGCUUCCCGCUGCCGCUUCCCCUGCUCAAGUCACUACUCCUUUACCGACACCAACGUUGCAAGUAGUUCAACCAAAAGCCGCACCAUCGCCACAGGUCCCGACACAGCCAUUGCAGUACCAGCCAACAACCAAUAAACCUCAGUAUUAUCCCAAUGCCACCUAUCACCAAUACGCCCUCCCAGCUCCAGCUCCUCCGACACCCGCAAUACCAUCUUCUGCAGUACGAGCGCAGCCAGCGCCUCAGACUCGGACAUCUCAAUCGGUUUCAAGAUCGCCUGCACCUGUAUUGGCUGGACAUCGACCGCUCAAGGGUGUUUUCUUGGUAACCAAGCCUCGUGGCAGACCCUUCUGGCUUGAUCACCGCGAUGGAGUCAAGUCCUGGGCGAUACGACUUGGCCAGGGCGAGAAAUCGAUCUCUGUUGCAGAGAUCAGGUUCUUUGGAGAUGAUGAUGAGACUGGAGAUGAGGAAGGCGAUGGGAACGAUGAACACCCAGACGAGGAAGAGGAGGAGGAAGAGCCCAGUCCUCGGAAGCGUGGCCGUGGCCGUCCACCCAAGAAUCCGAAAGCGAAAGCCAAGGCAGUUGCACUAACGAAGAAAGCUGAACAGAAGAAAGCUCAGAACGCACAUACGCCCCAGCAGGAGAGCAUAUUGAUCACUCUCAACGGGGCUGCUAUGAACGAAAAGCUUGAGGAAGGCGUGUGGAAUAUGGAUCUUCAAGUUGGUGAGAAUAUCUUGGAAGUUGGUGAGAAAAGUGGAUACGUAUGGAAAGUGUACUUGGAGAGAGCUUCCAUCAUAUAGCGAUCGUACUUGUCGACUCCCACUUUAGAUUCCAGGCCUUUUAUCUACCUAUAUUCUAUUAAUCGUCCUUGUAAUACAAUACGCA